UGAAGCCAACUCUGGAAGUAUCUUCAAGUGGUACAGUGCAACCAUCUUGGACAGUACCUUUAACUGAUACAGUACAACCAACUCUGGAACUAUCUUCAAGUGGUAUAGUGCAACCAUCUCCGACAGUAUCUUUAACUAACACAGUACAACCAUCUCUGGAAGUAUCUUCAAGUGGUACAGUACAACCAACUCUGGAAGUAUUUUCAAGUGGUACAGUACAACCAACUCUGGAAUUAUCUUCAAGUGGUACAGUACAACCAUCUCUGGAAGUAUCUUCAAGUGGUACAGUACAACCAUCUCUGGAAGUAUCUUCAAGUGGUACAGUGAAGCCAACUCUGGAAGUAUCUUCAAGUAGGAUAAUGCAACCAUCUUGGACAGUAUCUUUAACUGAUACAGUACAACCAACUCUGGAAGUAUCUUCAAGUGGGAUAAUGCAACCAUCUCUGACAGUAUCUUUAACUAACACAGUACAACAAUCUCUGGAAGUAUCUUCAAGUGGUACAGUACAACCAACUCUGGAAGUAUCUUCAAGUGGAACAGUACAACCAAAUCUGGAAGUAUCUUCAAGUGGUACAGUACAACCAUCUCUGGAAGUAUCUUCAAGUGGUACAGUACAACCAACUCUGGAAUUAUCUUCAAGUGGUACAGUACAACCAUCUCUGGAAGUAUCUUCAAGUGGUACAGUGAAGCCAACUCUGGAAGUAUCUUCAAGUGGUACAGUGCAACCAUCUUGGACAGUAUCUUUAACUGAUACAGUACAACCAACUCUGGAAGUAUCUUCAAGUGGGAUAAUGCAACCAUCUCUGACAGUAUCUUUAACUAACACAGUACAACAAUCUCUGGAAGUAUCUUCAAGUGGUACAGUACAACCAACACUAGAAGUAUCUUCAAGUAAUACAGUACAACCAACUCUGGAAGUAUCUUCAAGUGGUACAGAGCAAUCAACUCUGGAAGUAUCUUUAACUGAUACAUUACAAGCAACACUGGAAGUAUCUUCAAGUGGUACAGUACCACCAACUCUGGAAGUAUCUACAAGUGGUACAGUACAACCAUCUUGGACAGUAUCUUUAACUGAUACAGUACAACCAACUCUGGAUGUAUCUUCAAGUGGUACAGUGCAACCAUCUUGGACAGUAUCUUUAACUAAUACAUUGCAACCAACCCUGGAAGUAUCUUCAAGUGGUACAGUGCAACCAUCUCUGGAAGUAUCUUCAAUUGGUACAGUGCAACCAACUCUGGAAGUAUUUUCAAGUGGUACAGUACAACCAUCUCUGGAAGUAUCUUCAAGUGGUACAGAGCAACCAACUCUGGGAGUAUCUUCAAGUGGUACAGUGCAACCAUCUCUGACACUAUCUUUAACUGGUACAAUACAACCAUCUCUGGAAGGAUUUUCAAGUGGUACAGUGCAACCAACUCUGGAAGCAUCUUUAGGUGCUACAGUACAGCCAACUCUGGAAGCAUCUUCAAGUGGGAUAGUUCAACCAUCUCUGACAGUGUCUUUAACUGGUAUAGUACAACCAUCAACACAGACAACAGUGCAAGUUUCAUCCAGCGUGUCCACAUCAACCGAUCAACAAACUGAGGCGUUGACAUCACCUGACUUGACCACAACGACAGCAGCAACGCCUCCGUUUUCCUCCAUAACCAGCCCGACGCCAGCCAGCACAGCUGAACCCGGCGCAUCCACGGUGAACCCAUCUCCAGUCAGCAGCAUCAUUUCAAGUACACCAUCCACAUCUGUACCAACCACGACAGCUGCACCGACCACAACAACUUCACCACCAUCCGUCAUCAGACGUAAGUAGGAUAACACCUUCGCGAAAUUUUCAUUUAAAAUUGCGUUUGUAAAUCUCUUUUUUUUUUUUGUUGUAUUUUUUUUUUAGAUUUUGAAAAGAUUUUUAAAAAAGUGGGAGGGGAAGAAUAAUUAACUUUUUACAAAUAAUUUUGUUCUGUUUGUUAAAGUUUGCUACUAUGAGAAGGGCACGAUGUUUUAAUGAAAGAGCCCAUUUACAAAUGUAUUUCUAAUAUUUAAAUAAUUUUCAUUUGAGAAUGAGGACACACAAUCCCCCCCCCCCCACACACACCCUCAACCGGGCAUGACAUAAAGGACCAUUUAAAACUUUUUAAAUUCCAUACUUGUGUCUUCCUCCCCUCUUAACUAUGCUUACACUCGUACAAACGUUUUCACCUUUACAAAAAAAAAAAUAAAAAAAAAAAUAAAAAAAAUAAAUUAUUAUUUCAGUUUUAUAUCAAAAUGACAGUUUUUUAAUUUAUUUCUGUCCUUGGGACCUUGCUGAUAUAAUUUAACGCUUCGCGAAUAUCAGGAGCAGGAGUGUGUGGUUUUAGCCCAUGGGAGUAUUCCAUCCCAUCUCCCACUCACACACCUAAACACACUCACAAAGCAUUUCCUACAACUUUUAUAUUCAAAUGCAGACUUAAAAUCUCAUUUGCACCAUAGAUUAUCGACUUCUAUACCAUGGGAUAGGUUCAUGAAGGAAACAAAAUAUUUUCGGAGAGAAAAGAGCGCAAUGGGUUGGUCCGCUUUCCUAUCAUUCGUGGUUGUCAUGGUUUGGCUGAGUAAACAUGGAUCGGAUGACGUUAUCGUAAAUUGAGAGAAAAGAAAUUACUCAGAGUAAAAUUAUACAUUCUAUUAAAAAAACUAUUUCAGUGGGUCUGUUUUAAUUAACCCUACUUAACUUAAUGGAAUUGGAAUCGAGUUUAGAAACAGCAGACAGGAUUUUGUAACUAACCAACAUUGGCAAAAGUAGGCGGUAACCACGGGCAAGUUACUCUGUUUUACAAAUAUUUGAACGUUCCCAAUGGGAGUCGCUUAGUCGAUUGAUUUGUCACGUGAUGAGAGUAAAAACGAGUAAGACUUCCGGUAGGAUGUAUACAACACACUAGUGCUUGACAACAGUACCCCGUUACACACUACAACUAGUAAUUCAAGAUGCCUGGGCAAUUUUCGGCUUUUGGCUGUUCAAACAGUCAAGUUAAGGACAGCGGUAUAAGUCUGCAUAAGUUUCCCUUUAAGGAUAAAGAAAAUUUAAGACAAUGGCUUGACAAAGUAGACCUUCGUUAAUUUAUUCCAUGAAAUCUUGUUCCAACCGGUUAUUAAAAAAUUCCUUCGCCGCAUCAAUAUUAAAUAAACACGCAAAUGACGUCAUGGGUAUGCCGACAUUUCGUCCAAUGAAAAUUAACAAUAAAAUAAACAAAGGGGAAUGACUCCUGCACAAAUGAUUGAAUAAACACGCACAUGACGUCAUGAGCAUGCACGGAGCUCAACAACAGCCUGCCGAUGAUAGUAUUGAUAGUUCCCAUCGAAUAACGCUCACAUAUUUUUCUUGAAAUAACUUUAUUCCUUUAAUCAUAACUGACGUAUAUUUAUUGUCACAUUUAUGUAUUUCCUUUAAAAAACGCGUGUAUUCCAGAAUAUUUUGAAAGGUAAAAUUUUUAAGUAACAUGACAUUGGGGAAGCACUGAUGACGUAUCUUUUGUUGUGUGUAGCAGCCUAGUGAUGGCUUACUCUCAUCACGUGACCAAACAAGGAAGUGACUAAGCGACUCCCAUAGAGCGAUUCCUCUCCAACACACAGAACGCUUCCUUUACAACGCUGAAAUCUUCAAAUACAUAUCGCUUUUUAAUUUUUACUUCCUUUUUCUUGCUUGUUUUGCCUUGUCCGCUGAAGGGGUCGUCUAGCAGAAAUGCCCUUAUAAAUUAUCUUGUUCCGCCAUUUCUACACACGUCUUGAAAAGUGUAUCAUUAUAGAAUGAUUAUUUGUAGCAUUGUAAUAAAUUGUCAUGUAUAUUAUAGGACAAAAGAACAUAAUCUUGUCAUACAAUUUGCUAAAGCUCGCUUAUUGAUGCAAAGGUUUUACAAAAAUAUUCUUUAAACAAGCAGUUAAAAAAACACACGUAUACUUUAUAUCAAUGUUUAUCUUUCAUUUCCCAGCAUUUGUAUUGCCCAAUAUUACAAUCACAUUCAAUUUCAACGCGACGAAUUAUAAUCUUGCGGACACAAAUGGCAACGAUUACAAAAAACUUGAAAAUGAGACACUCCUUUUGGUAAGUGUUAAACAAAAUUGCUUCAGUAGUCUUAAUAACGAAAGCAUAGGAAUCAGAGUUUGGGUUUAGGGUUUUAGGUUAGGGUUUAGGGUUGGGUUAUUUUAGGGUUAGGGCUGUUUUUUUUAAAAUUUAGGGUUAGGGGUUAGGAUUUAGGGUUUUGUAUUAGGGUAAGGGUAUAUCGGAGUGUUGCGUAAACCACUUCACUUAAAAGAGGGUAGGAAUUUGUUUUUGAAAAAUAUUUUAUCGUGUAAAUUUAAAAAAAAAUAAAUAAAUUAUCAAGCGUUAUUUUGUUAAGGAAAAUAAGAUGGCUUAAGAACAUCUUAUAAGGCGGCUUAAGAUUUCACUUCAGAUUUUUCGGGGGGGGGGGGGGGGGAAGGGCCCCCGUUUGAUUUAAAAAAUAUGAUUUUGGUGUUAUAAUUCUUUAAAAAAUUACAUCUUUUCAACUAUGCCAUUGGUUUAUUUUUACAAAAAGUUUAAAUUUUCUUAUCAAAGUCCCUACACUAUUGGCCACUAUUAGCGGUGCUGACUCUAGCCUCUGGUAUGAACGGAAUAUUAAACAUCAAACAAGCUCAACGCGCGAAACAAUCGAUUAAUGCAUCGUGAUCGUGUGAAAUUCGGGAAAGAGAAUUACUUUUAUUUCAGAUUAUGAUCCGGUGAGUCACAAAAUCUGGCAAAUUCCGAAAUCCGGUAUAUUCCGGAUUCCGGAAUCCGGUUGUCCCGGAUACAUGUAAAUCCGGCGGAACCGGAUUUCACCGGAUAGUGCAAAAUCCGGCGGAACCGGAUUCCGGACCGGGGUCCGGCACACCCCUAAUAAUUAGGCUUAAGAACAUCUUAUAAGGUGGCUUAAGAACAUCUUAUAAAGUGGCUUAAGAAAAUCUUACAAGAUGGCUUAAGAACAUUUUGUCUCUAUCAGUGUUCAAAAUUUUUUAUUCUGCUUGCAUAAAAUAGAUAAUUGUAAUUUACUAAUAUUAUAAAAAAAAAAAUUGAACCAAAGACUUGCCACGGUCAAACUCCCUUGUUUUUUGUUUUCAUUUUAAAAAGCUGAUCAAGUUAUGGUUCGACACAUACUGUAAUCUAAUCUCUUUUCUGGUAUUGUUGUAACAGUUGAUGGCAAGAUUCCAGGGCGUCAGAGGCCUGAGGCGUAUCGUUAUCAAAAGUUUGAGGUAAGGUCGAAUGAUAGAGAGAAAUGAAUGUUGACCUGUGCUGCUCUCGUACAGUGUUUCGUUCAUACAUUACCUCCGGGGGAGGGGGAGGGAGGGGAGGAGGGCACAUUUCAGAUGUUCGGGUGGGCAGGGCCAGUGGCCAAAGGCGUAGCUAAGGAGGGAAAUGGGGGUGAAUGUCCACGGGCGCCAGAUCAGUGGAGGCACGAAAAUGUGCUUUGGGGGUGGUGGGGAGGGUAUUUAAUGGAUGAAAUUAAUGGGUUUAAGAGUUGAAUUAUUUUUUUUUAAUGGUGGGGGAGCGGAAGAAUUUUGACUGUGGCGCCAAGUCUAGCUACAGGUCUGCCAGUUGCGGAGGAAGUAUAGUGGAUGAGAUGGUCCGCCCAUGUGUCACUCUUUCAUUAUAUUUAGGGGCGGCAUUUUUUUAAGAAAAAAAAAUGCAGUUUAUUUUGUGAAAAGGGGCGUGACGAAAAAAAUCUUUACUGACCCACCCAUGGCGGAAAUAACAUUAGCUACGCUUACAAGGCAGUGUACCGGUACCAAAAUUGGCGAUUAAGGCCAGCCGGACUCGAGUACAUUUUAAAAUUGUGCUGAUAACUAUAUUUUUUAAUCAUAAUACAGUAAUACUAUUCAUAAUUAAGACCUAUCCCUCCCUACUUAAGGAGUCUUGCAUGGAAUCUGCAUGGUACCUGGAGAGUGAAGUUGAAAAUAACGCCAGAAACAUGUCGGGAUACGACUACGUAUUGCAGUUAAUGGUUGUGAGGCAUUGGUGGGUGAUGGCAACCCAUGCCGAUGAUUCUAUCAUACAGCCUGUGAGAGGACUGUCCCUAGGCAACCGUUUCGCCCCAGCUAAGACGUGACAUAAUCACAAAGUAGAAGCCACGUGUAGAAACCCUAUUAGAGGGCGUCUGACGCCACUCUGGGAUGGGAAGUUUUUUUUUAUUUCGGGAUGUUAAAAUAAAUCCAUAGCAACUCCUAGAAAGUUUGAUCGGUGUUCCUUUGUUGGUGUUGCCCCACCUUCAUGGUCAGUUAAGUGGAAUCCAGGUGGGGGCUAUUUCAGCGAAGAAGCACCUCCAACGUGCUGCUUCGCGGCCUAACUAGUCAAGCGCUGUUCGGGUUGAGGGGGAAAGUGGGGUAUGGGGUGGGGGAAGUCCUAAUGAACUCUGACUUUACGGUCUUCUGUUUUUUCUUAGGAGAUUAGAUUUGAUACUUAGCAAAGAACUAUGUUAAAAUUAUAGACCUUGGAAUUGGUGUAAUGGUAGUUGAAUACCGUGUUGCCCCAAGUCAGAUAUUUAAAAGAAACCUAGAGUAGUAGGUUAGAAAUAUAAAUGGACAAUGUCUUAGGCCCCCCACUCCAUACUUAGAAAAUAAAAUCAAAGAUAUUUUUUUUUAAAAAUUUAUAGUAACUGCACUUGAAAGCGUAAAACUUUUUCUCUGCGUAGUGAUGCAUUGAAAGAGCUUGCCAUUUCUUUGUGUCUCUACUCAUAAGAUAUUAAUUCACAGACAAGGAAGCUUGAUUGUUGAGUUUGAACUGCAAGCUGAUGAAGCCGGUACCGAAGAUGUCGCUGCUCAGGUGAGCCAAGCGCUCAAAGGUCUCUUCACGCUGGAGAACGUGACACUGGAUAACCAGCAGAUUACAGUCACAGCUAUAAGUGUUAAUAAAAUAAACUGUAAGCAUCCGUUCAACCGUCUGGUUAAUAUAAAUAACUUUAUAUCCAUUGGGUGGAUAAAAAAUAAGUUUAUACCCAUUGGGUUCAUAUAAAUAAGUUUAUACCCAUUGGGUUGAUAUAAAUAAGUUUUUAUCCAUUGGGUUGAUAAAAAUAAUUAAUUAACAUGCAUUUCUUACUGAUGUCUUUUAUCCCGUCUGGGCCAUAGGCCGCCUACAUGACUUUUCCAUUCACCUCGAUCCUGUGCUUUCCUUUCAAAGUGCUUCCAGGGGUAUCGCAUACUUUCUGUGUCUGCCUCUAACUUACGUCUCCGUGUAUUCUUUGGCCUUCUUCUCCUUCUUUUUCCCUGUGGAUUCCAUGUUAGGGAUUACCUUGUGAAGUUAUCCGGGGGUUUGCGGAGAGUAUUCCCCUUCCUGAAUCUUUUCCUUACCAUAUCUUCAGCAAUAGGCGCCUGGUAUGUCCUUUCCGGUAAGUUUUUGCUGGUGAUAGUUUUUGGCAAUUUUAUGUUUAGGAUCUUUCCGAGGCAAUUGUUUGUGAAGGUCUAUAUUUUCUUUAAGAUGCUUGCUGUUGUCAUCAAAGUUUCGGCUAUUUGAGUUGAAAAUGUUGAUCUUAGUUUGCAAAGUCAGCUCCUUUGACUCCCACAUUUUCCUUAAUAUCACAAAUGGUGACUUAACCUUUCCAAUUCUAGCCCUGACAUCGGCUUCGGCUCCACCAUUUUUGUCAAUAGUGCUACCCUAACACGUGAAGGCCUCCAAUUCUUCUAGGGCAUUUCCUGCCAUAGAGAUGUGUUUCUUGUUUAGUUGAGUUAAUCGUCAUUUCUGUUGAGUUAUAAACUGUGCAAUUUUUGUUUUUUUGUUGUUGUAAUUUUCCUGAAAGUGUUGUUGGUUGUGGGACAGAAGUGCAAUUUCAUCUGCAAAGUCAAGGUCAUUCCAACAUUCACCCUUGAUACGGGUCAUCAAAGGCAAGCUUAGUUUCUGAUUGAUUAAAACCAUCAAAUGACGUCAUUAAAAAAUGAAGGCUUUUUUACUCAAAUUAGUUGAGUAUUUUUUGUUUGUUUGUUGGUCCAUUUGUUUUUUUUUAACCUACUACUCAAGGUUUCUUUUAAACAUCCAUACUUCGCAAACAGUCCUAUGGCUUUUUGUCUGUUUGAUUAUUUGUUCUGUUGUUGUUUCUUAUUAGUUGUGAUGGACUCGCAUGCCUCAAUGAACAGUCUCAGAUCUUGUUGUGGGCAAACGUGUCUAGAAAGAUCCCCAAAAGAGCGGUGUGUUGGGGACAAUAUAUGUUUAUAUAUAUAUAUAUAAUUGAGGGCGGCAGUUUUGCCAAAUGCCAAGUUUAUCGUGGUGGGGGCGGUAAAUGUCUUUGCGCUCCCCGCGUGCCACUAACCCUUGUUUCGCCACCUAGAGAGACUGCAAUCCUCUGAUCCCCCCCCCACCCCCUUUUUUAAAAAAAACUGUCUAAUUCUCAAUUACUGCUAGAGACAACAGCCUUGAUAUUAAUUCUGGCUUUCGUCUUACCCACGGCUACGCCAUGCUUUCUUGUUCCCCAGUUAAACCCCCCCACCCCCUUUUUUAAAAAAAACUGUCUAAUUCUCAAUUACUGCUAGAGACAACAGCCUUGAUAUUAAUUCUGGCUUUCGUCUUACCCACGGCUACGCCAUGCUUUCUUGUUCCCCAGUUAAAGCCAACAGCACGGCCUGUGAGACCAGAGCGUUGGUCGAGCAAUGUCCCAGGGCGCAUACAUGCGUCGAAAAAGAUGGAAAGCCGUCAUGCGAAUACGACUUUAAGUAAGCCUUUUUUUUUUUUAAAGACGUGACGCAUGCUUGAACGUUUGUCACUUAGAGAUUGAGAUGCUGUGUCGUGAGAAUAACGCAUUAGAUUUUAAAUGAAGUUUACAUGGUUAAACUAUAAGCCUAUGAAAAGAAGAGCCUGGCUGACUUGACAACUAGUUCAUGCUUCUUUGUUUCGUGCAGGGAUUUUCCAUCAAGUGGGUACCCCAUUAUUAUAACCAUCAACUAUCCAGUGCCACCAAGUGUCGACUUCAGAGUAAAAAAUGACAACUAUACAGACCUGGAGAACAUAGCAUAUGAAGCGGUAAGAAUAUAAAUGAAAUAAAGUAUACAAAAUAAAAAAGAGACUAAAGUAAUAUACAUUUUUUUAAAGAUAUAAAGAAUAUUUCAAUACUGAUGGUUUUUGCACAUACUGUAUAUAAAUAUAGAGAAUAUAAACAUAUAGGGCCUAAAGAAAUACAAAAUAAAAAAGAGACUAAAGUAAUAUACAUUUUUUUAAAGAUAUAAAGAAUAUUUCAAUACUGAUGGUUUUUGCACAUACUGUAUAUAAAUAUAGAGAAUAUAAACAUAUAGGGCCUAAAGAUAAAAAAAAAAGGACCUGCAUAAAAUAUAAAGAAUACAACAUUCUUAAGCUAUUGUAUAACAUUUCAUCAAUUCCAUAACAUUUUUUUUACAGAUAGCAACUUAGUAACCAUUUAUUUGAUAUUUUUCAGUUGAACUCGACAUUUAGGAAAUCGAUAGAUGACUUGGAGGAUAUUUUAAUCACGGAAAUGAGGUAAAGGGGUGGGGGCUGGACGUCGUGUUAAAGAGUAAUGUGUUGGAUUAAAGAAAUAUAACGGCAACUUUAUUUCGUUCAUAAUACUAAAACAAUAAUAAUAUUCUUACACGGAACUUGCACAUUGGCGGUGUAAUUCAUACAAGGAACUCAACAAAACAGCAGUAAAAGACUAUCAAACGCUGCAAGAGAUUUGAAACGAUACCACCAUGUAAAUCUCGGCUUACACAGUUUUUAAUAUUCAGACACAACAGAUUACUUUUUCUUUUAUUAUUCGCACAUAUGUGAUUAUUAUCUUUACAGAUUUAUAUUCUUAAAUCUACAAUAAAUUGUCUACCCCCUUUUUUCCUCUUCCAAAACCUAAUCUGCAUUUAAAUAAUAAAAGAAAGCAAUACCUUUUUUCCAGAAAUGGCAGCAUCAUUGUUAAUUUUACCCUGGCGAUAAAUAAGAGUCACGAGACCGACAUUGUGAAUGCCAUCGCUAUCGCUUUACUAAAGAUUUUGAAGGACGGGUUAAAGAUUAAUGGUACAGACCACAACGUAACAGCUUUGUCAUUCGUGGGAAAAGCACGUGAGUAGAUAUGGGAAAUUUGCAUUUUUGUAUUUUUUUAUUUUUUUUUUUAGAUCAUUGGUGAAAAAAUCCGUUCUCAUGUUGUUAAUUUGAAUUAUUAAAGUAAGUCGAUUAUAGAAAGUUUUUACGGCCCGAUUAAGAGAAAAUAAACAUGACGUUAGAUAACUGCUUAUUUGUAUUUCACAUUUUAUUAAUGUUCGAAAUUUAUAUUUUGAUUAUUGCUAUAUUUUACGUCUCAAUCGAUAGCGUUAUUAUUUUCAUAAUUUAAUUUUAUGCUAAUGAACUCUCCCUAGUCUACCCCAACAGCAGCCUAUGUGAUGUAUACACUGCGAAAAUCUCGUGUCCAUACGGCUGUGGCGGGACCAAUGACAUGGCCUAUUGCCGGUAA